AUGAAACAAUGGAUACUUGUCUCAUGCCUCUUAGGAAUAUCUUCUGCUCUGCCGAUUCUGCCUCAACAUGCCGGGAUUCCUGGACUUGGUAGUAUAAGCCUGGAGACAUUGAGGCAAUUUGGUAGACCUAAUAUGCCAAAUGUACAGUAUGCUCAGCCUUAUACCUACAACGAUCCAUUCCAUUCAAUGUGGAUGCACAAUUUCCUUCCAUCCCAUUCAUCAUUCUAUUGGAUAAAGGGAAGACCUCACAAACACGAAACUCAACAGUAUGAAUAUUCUAUGCCAGUGCACCCUCCUCCACUGCCUUCCCAGCAAACGCCCAUUCUGAUUCAACAGCCAGAAGUAAUAGAACAACCUCACUACGCAUUCGUAAAUCUAAAUCCUACAAGACAAGUCCAACUCCAACAGUAUGAUAUGCAGCCACCAUUCCAGCAGAAUCCAUAUGCUCUGCCAGAAGGAAAUCAGCCAGUUCUUCAACAACAGCUGCCCCCACCAGACAGACAAACCCAACAGUUACCAGCUGUACAAGAAUACUCAGGAACAUUAGGUCAGGCACUCCAUCCUGGUUUACAUGGAACUCAACAAAACCCAGCACAACCACCACAACAACGAUCUAUGUAUCCCGGUUUGUAUUACUUGCCUUACAUAGCAAACCAAGGAGGUGCUCCUGCCAGAUUAGGAAUAGUAAGCUCAGAAGAAAUGCAGGGGGGUGGCCUUGGGGCGCCAGCCUAUCGAGCAGGAGGCCCCAAUCCCUUUGCUAUGGACGCUGGGUUUGGAAACAUGCCGCUGAACAGAGGCCAGCCAGGUGAUUACACCGUUGAAGAUGAUCAGCUUGGAAUAACUGAGCAGCCAGAAGUGCAAGGAGGUGCUAACCUAGGGGCUAACCCAUCCGGCAAGAAGAACAAUGCAAUCCCGUUUGAUGGCAACCUGGGUGGCGCCGUGCCAAACGUCAAUAGCAAUCUGCUCAACCCUGCAGGUCAAAGCAAAGGACCAACAGGUGUCGCCCAAGCGGCAAUAACCCCUCUGGCGACACAAGGGUACCUGGACAGCUUCAUCCCUCUGGAUGCUGCUGACCCUACCAUGCCUUUGGAUCCCACCAUGUUCCCUGAUGCCAUCUACCCAACCAAUGCAGUAAAUGAGGCUGGCCAGCCACAGGUAGGUCAGGAUGUCUGGCAUUUCCAAGAGCCCUGAAUGCCCUUAAGAAACAUGUGCCAGUUGUGUACUC